UAAAAAAAAAUAAAAAUAAAAUAAAAAAGAGUGAACCUUGAAUCACUCUAUUUUAUCCUAAUUCAUCAAAAACCGAAAUCUUUCAGUUUCAAACUCGUCUUUGCUUUUCGUUGAAUGAAGAGCAAAAAUGUCCCCUCGAACUUUUGUACUGUUUUCUUUGCUGCUUCUGCCCUACUUUGAGGGUUCUUUCGGAUCCAUUUCAGGAGAUGAUCUAGAACAAAAAAACUGGUGCAUAGAAGAGGAGAGACGAGCACUCCUCAAGUUUAAAGAGGAACUUCAUGAAGAUGGUCAUAGUUUGCUUUCUUCUUGGGGCAGUGAAGAAGAUAAAAAGGAGUGCUGCAAUUGGCUUGGAAUUGGGUGUGACAACAAAACUGGGCAUGUGGUCAUGCUUGAUCUUUCUCCAUCAACUUUUGGAGCAAAACGAUUCCAGUGGUCUCUCAGAGGUAAUAUCACUUCUUCAUUGGUUGAGUUGCGGUAUUUGAAUUAUUUGGACCUCAGUUUCAACCAGUUUUAUGGAAACCACAUCCCAAGUUUCUUUACCACCUUUACCAAAUUAACAUAUCUCAAUCUUUCCUCCACUUACAUGUACGGAGAAGUUCCUCCUCAGCUUGCAAAUCUUUCUAGCUUGGAGUCUCUUGAUCUUAGCUUCAAUACUGCAUUCAGUGUAAGAAACUUGGGGUGGAUUUCUCAUCUUUCAUCUUUAAGAGAACUUGUUCUGUCUGAUACAAACUUGAGCAAAGCUAAUGACUGGCUGCAAACAGUUAAUAAGCUUCCUCAUCUAACGAGGUUGGAGCUAAAGAGAUGUAGUCUUCCAAAUAUUGUUCCAUCAUCUCUUUCCCUCGCUAAUUCUUCCAAAUCUCUUGCUGUGCUUGAUCUUUCUGCAAAUAGUCUCUCUGUUUCUGUGUAUCAGUGGCUUUUCAACUAUAGUUUUAGCCUUGUUCAACUCGACCUCUUCAAUGUCCAGUUAGAGGGCCCCAUUCCUGGAGAUUUUGGGAAAAUGACUGCCCUUACAAAACUCGACUUAAGUUAUAAUCAACUUGAAGGUGAAGUACCGAGAUCCAUUUCAAACUUGACAGCCCUUGUUUACCUUGAUCUUAGAAAAAAUCAACUUGAAGGUGAAAUUCCAAAAUCUGUGUGGAAUAUAUGCACCCUACGUGAAUUGUUCAUGUCUGAUAAUAAUAUUAGUGGAGAACUUCCGAAGCUGGCUCAAGUUCCACGCAGAUGUUCACAUUAUUCUCUAGAGUAUUUGGAUUUAAGUCGGAACCAAAUCACAGGGUCAUUACCUGAUCUCACACAUUUUUCAUCAUUGAGGAGUAUACAACUUUCAUCAAAUCAGUUAAAUGGAACUGUGUCAGAAACUAUUGGACAGUUAACACAGUUGAAUAUUUUGUCACUUGCUGAUAACUCUUUGAAUGAUGAGAUUUCUGAAGCUCAUUUUUCAAGACUCUCAAAGCUUCGUCUUUUGGACUUGACUUCUAAUCCAUUAGUUUUAAACAUUCAUUCUGAUUGGAUUCCUCCUUUUCAACUGGACACCAUAUGGCUUAGCUCAUGCAAGUUGGGUCCACGAUUCCCAAAAUGGCUUCAAACCCAAAAGAAUUAUUCUGAUCUUGAUAUUUCCAGUGCUGGAAUCUCAGAUUCUAUUCCGAACUGGCUUUGGAAUUUAUCCACUGAAUUCACCAAUAUGAAUCUUUCCAACAACCAAAUCAGUGGAAUAAUUGCAAAUUCUUUGAUAGAGUGGGCAGCUUACCCUGAAAUAGAUUUGAGCUCAAAUCAGCUUGAAGGUCCAAUUCCGCUUUUUCUAUUCGAAGUGGCUGCUCUCCACCUUUCCAGAAACAAAUUUUCAAGUCUAAAUUCUAUUUGUGAAAUCACUCAGCAUUCAUACUUGAGCCUCCUGGAUGUCUCCUACAAUCUACUGUCAGGGGAGCUACCUGAUUGUUGGUCAAAUUUCAAAGAAUUGGGUAUUCUUAGUUUAGCACACAAUAAGCUAUCAGGGAAGAUUCCUCCCUCCAUUGGCUCCAUGACUCAGGUAAUGACUUUGCAUUUAGGAGACAACAAUUUUAUAGGGGAAUUACCUUCAUCAGUUCAUAACUGCACAAAAUUGAUAGUUCUUGGCGUGGGAGAAAACAAAUUAUUAGGACCAAUACCAACAUGGAUUGGUGAAAGACUUCAAAAUCUUGUUAUACUUAGUCUCCAAUCCAAUCACUUCUACGGGAGCAUUCCCUCGAAUCUUUGUCAUCUAUCACAUCUGCAACUACUGGACUUUUCUGUGAACAAUAUCUCAGGAAGUCUACCAAAGUGCCUCAGUAAUUUUACCGCAAUGAGAAAAAAUGGUAGUAUAGAUACUGGUACAACCAUUGACCACUCUUAUAGGAGCUUUAACACUUCAGAGGGACAUGCUGACAGGUUCUAUGAUGACCAACUACUAUUAGUAUGGAAAGGAACGCUGUCUGAAUAUAAAAGUACUUUGGGACUUGUAAGAAGCAUUGAUCUGUCAAGCAAUAAGCUGAAUGGCGAAAUUCCAGAAGAAAUCACUCAACUCCUUGGGUUGGUUUCUUUGAACUUAUCAAGAAACAACUUAAUUGGACAAGUGCCUGCAGAGAUUGGUCAAUUUGCAUCUUUAGAUGCUCUUGAUUUAUCAGACAAUCAACUUUUUGGUCAAAUUCCUUCAAGCAUCUCUUUGUUGUAUCGUCUUAGUGUGCUGGAUUUGUCAAACAACAAUUUGUCAGGCAAAAUUCCUACAAGCACUCAACUACAGAGCUUUAACCCCAGUGCAUACAUGGGCAAUCCUCAACUUUGUGGGGCCCCACUGAACAAUCAGUGUCCAGGAGAAGAACCAGUUGAUUCUGCACCUACCAAAGAAGCCGGGGACCAAGAUGAUGGAGAUGGGUUCAUAACCCAAGGAUUUUAUUACAGUAUGGGACUUGGAUUUGUAGUUGGCUUUUGGGGAGUCUGUGUCUUGUUACUUUUCAUGAAGUCUUGGAGAUAUGCAGAUAUAAAGGUGUGGGUUUCACAAAAUGUCAGACGAACUUAAGGCUGAUCUUGAGGAUGUACACAUAUCAAACCUCAAUUAUUGAUGCAAGGGAUCGGUGUUAGGCAAUGAAGAUUGCAUGAGACAUAGCAACAAAAGAUGACCAAAAUGAAAGCUGAUUUCAAAACCAUAGAAAUCAAAUUUUAAAGCAUUCUUUACAGCUUCAUGAUUGCCACCUACACAGAUGAACAGUGAGAUUUCAUUUUCAGGUCUACUCUUUCUCCACACCCUUGAGAAUUGAUAUACUAUUUUACAUCAUGAAAUAUCUUAUAGGAAUUAUUUUGAUUUGAUA